AUGGCGACUGGGAAGAAUAAAAACCAGAGCUCGUUGGCGCUGCACAAGGUGAUCAUGGUCGGCAGCGGAGGAGUCGGAAAGUCGGCGCUCACACUGCAGUUCAUGUACGACGAGUUUGUGGAGGACUACGAGCCCACGAAGGCCGACAGCUACAGGAAGAAGGUGGUGCUGGACGGGGAGGAGGUGCAGAUCGACAUCCUGGACACGGCCGGACAGGAGGACUACGCCGCCAUCCGGGACAACUACUUCCGCAGCGGAGAGGGAUUCCUGCUGGUCUUCUCCAUCACCGAGCACGAGUCCUUCACCGCCACCGCCGAGUUCAGGGAGCAGAUACUGCGCGUGAAGGCGGAAGAGGACAAGAUCCCGCUGCUGGUGGUGGGGAACAAGUCGGACCUGGAGGACCGGAGGCAGGUGUCUGUGGACGAGGCCCGCGGGAAGUCUGAGGAGUGGGGAGUGCAGUAUGUGGAGACGUCUGCCAAAACCAGAGCCAAUGUCGACAAGGUGUUCUUUGACCUGAUGCGUGAAGUUCGGGGAAAGAAAAUGUCUGAAAACAAAGACAAAAACGGCAAAGGAAAGAACAAAAAGAACAAGAAGAGCUUCAAGGAACGAUGCUGUUUACUUUAA